UUAUAACAAUCAAUACUUUAAGAUAAAGUAGUAAUAUAAAACACGUUUUUAUUUUUUCCUGCAAUAUAAUCGACAGUGUAUUCUUAAAGUAAACAUGGUGAAAUAUUUAGUGAUAGGUAUUUUUAUAUCGUUUAGUUUUAUACUCAAUAAAUAUGUUUAUUGUGCAAAUAUACCAAUAUGUCUGAAUCCCAAGGAACAGGGAACUCUAGUUGCAGAUCUGCAGAUUGAAAAAAAUAUGUUUGACUCAAUUUAUGUUCGACUACCAGAAAGCGGUUUUCUUGAUGCUGCCAUAUCAUGCAUAAAGAUAUACGAUAUAGGAAAUAGUUUCGCUGUACCUGUUAUAAAUGAUGGCGGUCUUGGAUUCCCAUAUGUAGAAAUCUCUAUAGAACACCGAAUUCCAAAGGAACUAAAAUAUAGGAUACAAGUGUUUAAAGAAUCGCAUUGACGUUUCUGAUAAUACAUUUUUAAUUUGCAUUGUAAUUUUCAUUUCUAGAAUAAAAAGUAUAACCUUUUUUGUUAUAAA